CCCUUCUUGGCCUUGACCAAAAGUGUUUUUACCAAGUCUGCCGCUUGGUCAUUUGUCAGCAUGUAGUACAGCUGUUUUCUACAAUCAUACUUGGGAGGAAAAAAAGAAAGGCAACAUUCAUCGUGGUGCAGAAAGGGUUCUUUGUUCACGCACCAAUUAAUUCGCGAACGUCGCUUCUCGGGAGGAUUAUUUACUACUUCAAGCUAUAUUUGGCAUCUUUUUUGACCAAAAGCCGGAGGAUUCUUGUUGUUGUUGUUAAGUGUUGAGGUUCUGAUUGUGAUGACUGUAGGAAGUCGUUACGCGUGAUGUUGCUUAACGUGUUUACAGAUCAAAUGCGAGCUUACGUGGAGAGGUUUUCGGUACGCGUUAUGGCUACGUGGUUAAUAAUAGCUCCUCAGACCAGCUGAAAAAAUAACGAUCAUGCUAAUGCAAGGAUACUUUAGAUUCUUUCAUGAUAACGCCCUGAACUAAAGGCUGUGAGUGUCCCCAAAGGGCCUCAAACCGCCUCGAUGCAAGUGAACUCUGGAAUCCACUGGAUUCGAAGAGGAGCUAGAGUUUACUCUGGGGCUCUGCCUCUCCAUAAACAUGAAAAUUCUUGCAAGUGCUCCGUGUUGAAAGAGUUCUUGUUUAUCCCUUUAUUUAUUUUGCCCUACUUUAAAAUGUUGCUGUUUCUUUUCUCAACAGAGCUAUUUUGAGGCUACGAAACAGGCGGUGCUGAGUAGGGCAGUGAAAAAACCCCAGGGUGAGAGGCGUUUGGAAUGUGAGCAGCUUUUUAUUGUGGGCCCCGGCUGCUCAGCUGAAAGGAGUUUAAUAGUUUCUCGUGCUCAGAUAGGGUAUAAUCGGGGGCAUUCUUUAUGUGAGUCACUGAUGUUUAAAAAUCUUAUUUCCUUUGCACUCAGUGUAGUUUCUGUUUUAGCCUCUAGAAGCACCCCGAAAUAGUACAAGAUCACCUUUUCUCAUGGGUCAUCAAUCACCACCAGUCCAAAAACAAAGACACUGGAAUGGUUGAAUGGAUAUGGAAAAGGUGGUAUAUACAUAGAAAGAAAUAUUCUAUCUAAGAAAAGAGGGAAAUCCUGUCACAUGUUACAACAUGAAUGAAUCUUGAGGGCAAUAAGCUAGUCAUAGAAAGACAAAGACUGCAUUAUUCCACUUACAUGAGAUAUCUCAGGUAGUCAGACUCUUAGAAAGCAGAAUGCUAGUUUUAAAGGGGCUUUUGGGAGAGGAAAAUUUGGAGUUCAAUGAGUAUAGAGUUUCUGUUUUGUAAGAUGAAAAUGUGAAAAGAACUGUUGCAAACAAGUUGCAUAGUACUGUGCAUUUUUAAAUGGUGGCAAUGGUCAAUGUUGUGUUUAAUGCAUUUUAACUCGAGACAGAAAGAGAGUUAGAGUUGCUGGAAAGUGGCAGGAAGGGUUGGGAAGCUGGGAAGUUGCUGGGGAGUGGCAGACACCGUUCAGUUUUUCCUCAGGUAUUGAGUAUGUAAGCCAGGCCAGCACUGGUACGCACGGGAGAUAUUAAGAUACAUAAGACCCAGUCCUUAUCCUUGAGAAGCUAAAUCUAUUAUUAAUGGUCACUAUGUUGUGAAUAUUGAUGCAUCUGAUCCUUUUGAAAAUGUACUUGUUCAUUAAAAACUAUCAUGCAGGCUUAUGCAUUCAGUAAUAGAGGUGGGAACAAAGUACAAGGAUAAAGUUCAGUGAACAUUAAGAAGAGACCUGUACCUUCUCUGUCAUCAGAGAGAAGUGCAUGGAGGAAGUAACCGCUGUCUUAGGUCUUAGAAGAGGAGGAGAAGCCUGUUAGCUUGGCAGGAAGGGGAGGGUGUAACAAAUUGGACUAUCGUAUGUCCUCCAACCUCAAGGUCACUGCAUAACACACAAGGAAGGAUCUACAGCCUUAACAGUAUGUUUUUGUUUCCUGGCUGGCAUGCCAUCAUUUCAUAUUCAUUCAGAUAGAUGUUCUUAUCCUGAGAUAACAUAUAACCGCAUAUGAAUGUAAGAUGCAUCUCCAAAGUGGGCAGCCGACAUCAACCCCUGAAAUUCCUGAAAAGAUGCACGUGUGGGUUAUUUCUAGUUUUGACCUAUUCCAAUCAAAGCCUGAUGCGAAGAACUGACUCCUUGGAAAAGACCCUGGUGCUGGGAAAGAUUGAAGGCAGGAGGAGAAGGGGACGACAGAGGAUGAGAUGGUUAGAUGGCAUCACCAACUCGAUGGACAUGAGUUUGAGCAAACUCCGGAAGUUGGUGAUGGACAGGGAGGCCUGGCGUGCCUGCAGUUUGUGGGGCUGCAAAGAGUCAGACACGACUGAGCGACUGAACUGAGCUGAACUGUCAAGCAAAGCCACCAAAGACUACUCUUGUUUUAAAAUGUAGUAUCUUGGUGGAUAUGCUAGAUCACAGGCAUCAAGGUCUUUCCAGUGAGUCAGCUCUUGAGAAUCAUGGAUUUCUCAAAGGCACCACAUUCACAGGCACCUUCUAAGUAUGCUUCUUAAGAAAUACUUCAAAGGAACUUGAUAACCUGCUAAACAGAGUUUUACUGUACUGCACUGAAGGAGCAGCAGGAUGGUUAUACAGUGUUCUCUCCCAUUCUGCUUUGAAAAUCUAAACUACUUGCAAAUUCUUAAGAAUACCUUUACCACCAGAUUAGAGCAUUAAGUAUAAUAACCAAUUUCCUAAUAAGUAAAGUCUCACAAAUUAAAAUACAUUUAAAAUAGCUUUAAAUGCAUUCUUCACAAGUAAGUCAGCAUAUAUUUUUGUAUCAUGUUCACUCAUGCUUAAGAAUUAAAGCAAGUAUAUUACUCUGAUGGAAAUAUGGGGAAAUCUCUCAUUCAUGCAAUAUACAGGGAUAAUAUUUCAAGUUGAAGGGAAAAAAAAAUCCCAGUCUUAUUUUUUUUAAUGUAUCCAUAUAUAAUCACCUACAUGAUAGAUAAAGAAACCUGUGAAGUUUCCCAAAAGUCAGAUUUUCAGUUCAUCAGAAGCACCUGAUGUCUACAACUAAUUUAUAACUACAUGGCAUUUCAAGAAAACAAAAAUGAGCCCUAUGAAUUCCUAUAAACAAAAGCUUCCAAUGGACUGAGGACAGGAAGUCAUUAAUGCAAUCAUUUCAAGGAUUAUGGUUGUUCCUAAGGAGUACAAGUUCAAACCUGUCAAUACCAGAGGGAGAAGGCCAUUAAGAGAGAAAAGAUGAAAAGAAUUUCAUUAGCAUAACUAACAACAGAGUCAGUUGAGGGGAUCCAGAAAGUAAUCAUGGACCUUAUAGAUGAGUUUAAAGAUGAAUUCCCUACCAUCCUCAGAGUAUCACAGUCUAAUCAGAAAAGAGAACCCAUGCAAAAACCAUCCAAAAUCAGAAUGGCUAUUGCUUUAGCCAAGAUCAACCGAGGAACAUUAAUUCAAGGAUUAAACAGCAUUUCCAGAUCCUCCAAAUCAGUUGCCAAGCUUCUGCAACCUCAGCUUGCUUGCCGACUUUUAGAGUUAAGGGCCAUAUCUCAUCGUUUGCUCAAGGAAGUUAAUGCACCAAGACAACCCCUGUAUAACAUACAGGUCAGAAAGGGAUCUUUGUUUGAAAUCAUUUCUUUCCCAGCAAAGACUGCUUUAACUAGCAUAAUGUGCGCUUCAUAUGCGGCACUCAUUUAUUUGACAGUCUGUGUUAAUGCCGUGCUGGAGAAGAUAAUGAAAAUUUUCCAAGAAGAAGAAUCCAUAAGGCAAAACAGAGAGGAGAGUGAAAAUUUUAGAAAUGCCUUUUCGGAGCCUGUGCUUUCUGAGCCUCUGUUUCCCGAAGGUGAAAUCAAAGCAAAACCUUACAGGUCAUUACCAGAGAAGCCAGACAGUAUUUCUGAUCGCCCCAAACUUCCUGCUAAUAAGUUGAGUAAUAAGAUUCAGGUUUUACAUUCUGUGUUUGACCAAUCAACUGGAAUGAAUGAAUGAACAAAUCUGAACUUAAAUAUCACUGAACAGAGCUUAAGCAUUAUCUAAUGACAUAACUAGGAAACUAGUUUUUAUGUUCUGACUGCUCUGCUUUGAAACAAAAUGGGGGUGGGGGACGGACUAUUGCUAAAAUGUCAUUCUCAAGUAUGUAUAUGGUAGAGAAAAUAAAAUGAAUCAAUGUUGA